UCGCACUAUCCCGCCCCCUUCCUCCUCCAUAAAACUACAUAUACCGGCAUUCCUUUCCGUGAUGGUGACACGUCACACAAAACAUCGGGGGCAGGCUUCACCCUUUGAGUGCGUAGAGAACUACAUUUCCCGGCGUGCUUUGCCUUUACCAUCCAAUAGAUUCGCAGCGGUGGUGAGAGGGGAGGCUUCUGAUUGGCUGACGGGGAACAUCCGGAUUUUCUAAAGGAAGUGAGUGACGUUUUGUACUCAAGCUGGAACCGGAGGAGGAGAAUGGCUGCGCAGGGAGGAGAAAUAGCCAAGUUUUUACAAACUCAAAAUGGAAUCCCUUCGUCCAGUCCAGUCAGUAGUGGGAUGGAUCCUUACCAUGCCUGCAGCAUUCUCCAGCAGCUUAAAGCGAUGUACGAUGAAGGCCAGCUGACCGAUAUUGUUGUAGAAGUGGAUCACGGGAAACAUUUUUCUUGCCACCGGAACGUACUUGCAGCAAUCAGUCCAUACUUCAGAUCUAUGUUCACUAGCGGCCUUACAGAGAGCACACAAAAAGAGGUCCGGUUAGUGGGAAUUGAAGCAGAUUCAAUGCAGCUUGUACUGAACUAUGCAUACACCUCCAGAGUCCAGCUGACUGAGGCCAAUGUCCAGGCUCUGUUCACUGCAGCUAGCAUCUUCCAGAUUCCUUCCCUCCAGGACCAGUGCGCUCAAUACAUGAUCAGCCGAUUGGAUCCACAGAACUGUAUAGGUGUAUUUAUUUUUGCCGAUCACUAUGGUCACCAGGAACUUAAGGACAAGUCUCAAGAAUACAUUCGUAAAAAGUUUUUGUACGUCACCAAAGAGCAGGAAUUUUUGCACCUGAGGAAAGAUCAGCUCAUAGGUAUACUGAACAGUGACGACCUGGACGUGGAUAAAGAAGAACAUGUUUACGACAGCAUUAUCAGUUGGUUUGAGCAUGACCAAUCCGAAAGAGAAAUGCAUCUUCCAGAGAUAUUUGCCAAAUGUAUCCGUAUGCCUCUUAUGGAAGAACAAUUUGUGGAAAAGAUCCCUCCUAUGUUUGCACGGGCAAUGCCUAAAAACCAUAUACAAAAGGGAAAGAUUAGUGCCAAUUGCUGUAACCGGCGUCUCGGCAUGACCGCUUCAGAAAUGAUUAUCUGCUUUGAAGCCGCUAGCAAACACUCAGGGAAGAAGCAAACUGUGCCUUGUCUGGACACACUCACAGGAAAAGUCUAUAAACUAUGCAAACCCCCUGGUGAUUUACGAGAAGUUGGUAUCCUUGUGACACCAGAUAAUGAACUUUACAUUGCGGGGGGCUACAAACCAAGUAACAACGAUGUCUGCAUAGACCAUAGAGCUGAAAGUGAUUUCUGGUUAUAUGACCAUUCAAAUAAUAGGUGGCUGGCUAAGGCGCCUCUACUCAGAGCCCGAAUAGGUUGCAAACUGGUUCAUUGCUGUGGUAAGCAAUAUGCAAUAGGGGGACGCGUUUACGAAGGGGAUGGCCGCAAUCCCCUAAAGUCCGUUGAAUGCUAUGAUGUUAGAGACAACUGUUGGACCGCUGUGAGUUUAAUGCCUGUGGCAAUGGAGUUUCAUAGUGCUGUGGAAUAUAAGGACAAGAUAUACAUUCUACAGGGAGAUGUGUUUUUGUGCUAUGAUCCACCAAAAGAUUACUGGUGUUACCUGACUCCCAUGACUGUCCCAAGAGUCCAGGGGAUGGCGGCUGUAUACAAAGAUUCCAUCUACUAUGUAGCUGGCAUCCGAGGCAACCAUCGCGUGCUCACCGUGGAGGCUUAUGACAUUGAGCAGAAUCGUUGGACUAGAAAGAAAGAUCUUCCAUGUGAGCAGUCUUCGAACCCAUACAUUAAACUUUUAGUCCUGAAGGGUAAACUCCACCUGUUUGUUCGUGCGACCCAAGUCAGCGUUGAAGAAUUUGUGUUCCGAACCAGUAGGAAGAAUUCCCUCUAUCAAUACGAUGAGAUCUCUGACAGCUGGAAAAAAGUAUACGAGACUCCAGAGAGGCUGUGGGACUUGGGCCGUCAUUUCGAAUGUGUAGUUGCUAAACUUUAUCCCCAGUGUCUUCAGAAAGUUUUAUAGACUUCAGACAGCUUUUAACUUGCUGCCAAUGGGAAGAAAGACCAUUUAAAACAAACAAAACUCUAUUUGUCAGUAUUUAAUGUCUGUGGACAGCUUCCUGUACUUGUGGAUGGGUGCUUUCAAGGUUGCAGUAUGAGUUGCCGUAGGAUCGCAGCUAGUUUUUAAGUUUCUCACCACUGUAUUUCAGUGAAACCUGAGUUUACAAAGUGCAAUUAUCAGCAUUGUUUUCAUGGUGUACAUGUAAUCAUGUCAUUCUGUCGUCUUAUUUUGUAGGUAGGAAUUGUUUAAAAUAACUUAUUGAUUGCUUUAGAGGAACCAAGAUAUCUAUGCACUAGAGCACGGGCAAACCUACGACUUAAGAGCUGGUAGAGAAUGCGGGCACUAGAGGUUUGAAUGCCUUUGAUGCCUGAACUUUUUAAGGGGCAGUUCCACUUGAUUUUAUCCUAAUAUAUUUUUUUUACUCUAUUUAAGAAACCUUGUGUACUGUUUAAGUUUUUGAAGCUUAUAUGUAUAUAAUUUUUUUUUUAAAGUUUUUCCACUGCUCAUAUUUCUGGUGUCCAACUUUUUGGUCUUUUUUUUUUUUGGAAUGGUGGAAAAGUUUUUUUUUGCUGUCCCUUUUUAUAAGUCGUUUAGGUUUGCUAUGGAAUGAACUCGGUAAGAAUGGUCGUCUGCAUUAUAUUUAUACAAACUUUUAUUUUUAUUUUUAUUUUUUUCUUCUAUAUGAUGCAGAGGAUGUUACAUGUUGGAGUGCCUUCAUCGCUACAUCGUGGCACAAACUGUCAGUGGUACUGCAUCUUUUAAAGUUUGAAGAAUUAAUACGGGUAAUAUCUGAGGCAAUAUCACUAGGCUUUGUGUCUUUCUCCCUUCUAACCCCUUCUGAUUUAUUUAUAACUCCAGAAAAAAGCAAAACACUAGCGAUCAAACUUUGCUGUUUUAAUGCUUCUUUCAGUAUUGGUUUAACUUUGUAGAGAUUACUAUAUAUAUAUAUAUAUAUUUUUUUUUUUUUUAUUUGCUCACUUUUUGGAAAAAGCACAUGUUAUAGCAGAUUUUUAUUUGUUCACAUGCUUUAAUUUUUGUAUUUUAAAUGGUGCUAUCUUUAGAAAUGGGGGAAAAAAAGUAAAACUAGAAGACCAAAUCUAGAAUAAUUGAUUUUAUCUUUUGAGUACUGUAAGUAGGCUGUGGUAGUUUAUAGGGCUGUAUUUGGAGGUUUAAGUGAUUACUCCAGACAUUAUUAUUAUUUUUUUUUUAAAGCUUAACUUAAUGCAAUCAUGUAUAUACUACUAUUCCUAGAACACGUUCAGAGGACCCGUGCAGAUUUUAACAGCUUUUUGUAAAUUACUGGGUACUCUUCCUUUAGGUAAACCUGACAGAUAUUUGUUGUGAAAUUUUGUUUUCUUACCUAUUGAAUCUAAGGGAUCCCCACUUACUUUGUUUCUGUUGCUGAUAUAUCUUGAAUUAUUGAGCAUGGGCGUAUGAACUGCUGAAAGUCCAUUUUAUUUUUUUUUUUUUUUUAGAGACCCAGAUGUAUAAAUACUUAAAUGCCCUAAAAAAAAAAAUCAACCCAAAAAGUUAGGUGCCAGUCACAGAUUUUUGGCUCUGGAUUCUUCAUGAAAGAUCUGUGAUCUUCAUUAUACUUGUCCUCCUUAUUCGAAUGAACUGUUUUGCUUCUGGUGCUGUGUAAAUGGCAUUUACUCAUUUCCCGACCGCAAAUCCUUGAAGUGUAUAUAGCCUAAAGUCUGCCUUAACAACUUUCUGUAAAAACACCAUGCCCAUCGAUCACUUCUAUAUCUCGCUAAGGACUUUGAUACAUAUAUACUUACGUGGCUGACCAGGACUUUAGUUUUAGUGACCAUUUUUAAGUUUCUAAAUUAAUCCUUGGUUUAUCAUGAUUAAUACUUUGUUUAGUAACUCAUUUUUAUGAAAUGCACACAUAGCAUUAUCCUAAAUAAUUGUAAAUUGAUACUACAGUCUAUAUAAAAGAGUGUAUAUUGCAACUGACUAUCUGACCCUAUAGGUUUGUGCUAGAAGGGGUGUUUCUUGGGCGUUUCGAAGAGGAGCCUUCUAAACCCAAAUACCCAUUGCUGCACACUAAAAGCACAUCAUGAUUGCAGUGCAAGUACCCCCUAGAGGUACUCCUUGAGGUAAACAUACCAUAAGUUAAGAACCUAGGUGCUAGGAGAGGCCAGUCUCUAACUUGUCUCCAGAUCUGCUCUCAAAUAUACAAUGUUGUGCUUACCGCACCUAUUACACCCUACAGUCCUUUCGGAACUUUGUCUUUCUAAUGCUUGGAUUAAGAAGUCUUUUUUUGGAGUUCACGUGUUUAAACAAGAAGUGAUCUACUCACUUGAAAUUUAGUUGGUACUCACACCUGUACCCCUGGUGAUGUUGACUGGAUAAACCUGUUUGUCUCCAGCAGCUACAUUGUUGUGUUUAGAGUUUAUCUAGGAAAUUCUUGAGUGGUUGUCCAAUAAAGCACCACAUGGUGAAUAUAGUUGAAACCCAGCCACCCCCCCCCCCUCCUCUGCAAAACUGAUUACUCAAAUAAGAAGAAAAAAAACUUGUUUCCAUGGCUCCAGCUAGAAAAUGAACUGGUUGUGUCCAUGUGUAGGAUAUGUCACCGGAGCAUCCAUGACUCAUUGCUAAAUAUUACUGUUGAAUGCAACUGUUGUGAGACUUGCAAUCCAGUCACAUACUGUACCACUUACACCCUAGAAGUCAAGAAAAAUAAGCGUCCUACUCAAUGAUUGCUUUAUUUUCUGAUAAUUAGAUAAUUACUUUGGGGGAGGAAAAAGUUUGGUAUCUUUCUAAAAUGGGAACACUAGCUAACCCAGUUUGUUUGGCAUGGGCUUCUUCUCAAGCGUAUUCGACUACAUUUUGACCUUGUCCAUACAAUCUAAGCUUUAUUCUUACAAACUACACCUUCUAUAUAAAAGGUUUCUGGAAGUGAACUGAGGCAGACUAAAGCAUUGUACUUGAAAAACCUAUUAUCCUAGAAAUGAUCAACUGGAAUUUUUCAACUCUAAAUUGCAAUAUAAGCUUAAAGAGCAAUAAGCCGUGAAAAUAUUAUGCCCAAUUUAUAUGUAUAUACUUGAGUGAAUAAUGCAGGUGCACACCUUUUUAUCAAUGUUGCGGGCGGGAGGGGGGUAAUUGGUGUUUUCUUAGAUUUUUUUUUUUUUUAAUAUAUGUGCAUAUUAUAGAAUAUAUAUUUUAUUGCUAAAUGCCCAUGUCUUGCACAAACAAUACUGUGAAAAAAGCCUUGACAAAUCACAUACCUCAUCUGUUUUCUUUAGAACAUUACAAAUGCAUGUACAAAUUUUUUUCAUGUGUGUUUUUCUUGUUUUUUACUUCGACUUUUAAGGGUUGUAUGAGGCUAGAAAAAACAUGGCUGUUUUUCUUCUGGUAUUGUAGCUCAUCCUCAUUGAAUUCAAAGGUCUUAACAGUCUAAUCUUAUGGAGCAUCUUGUCUCAUCUCCAUAUAGGAUCUGUAUUGACAGCAAUGUAAAAUUUUUGUAAAUGUUUUUGGAAGCACCUCUGCUCCCACCCCUCUGUUUCCUGUGUAAAGUGUAAUCCUCUCUAGAAUGUUAUGUGUUUUAUGAUAUCCAUUUCUGGUUGUUUUAGAAAAGCCUUUUGCUUUUGGACAAUCUUUAUAAUUUGUUGGCAUCACUCUUCCAUUGAGAGUACUUAAAUUUGUGGUGGGGACUACUUGAUAUAUUGGAUUGUUGAACAAAUCUCACCAUUGCCCCCCACUGGGUUUUGAUCCACCAAUGGCUGUCUGGAAAUACAUGUGAAGAUAUAAAAUGGUAUAAACGUCCUAGGUUGAAAUUGGAAAGAUAUGCAACUUCCAAAUUUCUUAUUUUUAUUUUUUAAAUGUAGUAUUCAUCCAAUAAUUAUCUGAAUGCUAUGAUCAUUAAUGUGGGUUUGGCAUUUCUUAAAUAUGAAAAACUAUUUAAAAGAAAAAAAGCAAACUUCCAGUAGAAGUGUGUGUGGUGUGGGAGUCCGUUUGCGCCCCCCCCCCAAUUUGUAUUGUGGAUAGUUUUGGUCUUUUGUUAUCUGCUUUCUCGAAUAGCUAUUAAACAAAUUUGAAAGUGAUGUUCAGGGUGUGGUGGGGGAUUGUCUUUGGCUGUCUUAUGUCUUACCUGGAGUACUGUAAUGUGAAGAUGUUGAGGUUAGGGUAUUUGGUCUCCUGGCCUCCCUUCUGAGUCGAAAACUACCUUUUUGAACUACAAGGUGUCUGUAUUGAAGGGGUACUCCGGUGGGGGGGGGGGG